CAGUUCCCUUCUGCUCGGACUCUCGGAGCAAACUCCGGAGCCCCGCAUUCCAGUAGCGAAUCUUCUGCAACUGGUAGAACAGGACGUCGUAAUUCAAAACCACUCAAUCCAGUCGCGCUAUGGUGAAGUGGAGCGGCUUUGCUGGGAGACUGGGGCGCUGCCUGCGGUCGCAGUCCGGAGCUCCCAGCCCCGCUCCCCUUCGGCGGGGUACUUCCAGUGCUACAGAGGCAGCUUCGGCCUCCCUGCAUGAAGAGCGGCUGAAGAGGCCGGAGGAGUUGCCCGGGACGGGGGCACUUGGGACCCUCUACUGGAUCUUCGUGAGGGGCUACUUGCUACACACGCACCACCUACAGAUCAUGUUCAAGAAAAUGUAUGGCCCCAUAUGGAAGUCCGUUGGUGGUCCUUAUCUUAAUAUUAAUAUUGGAAGUCCUGAAAUCUUAGAGGAGCUGUUACGUCAGGAGGGAAAAUACCCCAUACGGAGUGACAUGGUCCUUUGGAAGGAACAUCGAGACAAACGGCAUUUAUCCUAUGGCCCUUUCACUGAGGAUGGAGAAAGGUGGCACCGCCUACGGCAGGUGUUGAACAAGAGGAUGCUCAAGCCUUCAGAGGCUGUGCUAUAUGCAGAUGCCAUCAAUGAAGUGGUGUCUGAUCUGAUAGUGCACCUUGAAGAGGAGAGAAGAAAAAGCUCCUCAGGAGUAAAAGUUGAAGACAUGGCCAACCUAUUCUACCGAUUCACCUUAGAAGGUAUCUCCUAUAUUCUCUUUGAGACCCGCAUUGGCUGUCUGGAGAAACAGAUCCCCAAUGAAACAAAAAAAUUCAUUGAUGCUAUUGGACUUAUGUUCAAGAAUUCUGUCUUUGUCACCUUCCUACCCAAGUGGAGUCGGGACAUGCUGCCUUUCUGGAACCGUUACCUACAAGGCUGGGAUACUAUCUUUGCCUUUGGGAAAAAACUGAUUGAUCAGAAGAUGGUGGAUUUAGAGAAGCGUCUGGAGCAGGGUGAGGAAGUUUCAGGAUACUUGACAUACCUCCUUACCAGUGGGCGGCUUAGUAAUGAAGAGAUACAUGGAAGCAUAACUGAGCUGCUAUUGGCUGGUGUUGACACGACAUCCAAUACUCUGUCUUGGACUCUGUACCAUCUGGCUAGAAACCCAGACAUCCAGGAAGCCUUAUACCAGGAGGUAGCCAAUGUAAUACCCAAAGACCAAAUCCCUGGAGCCAAGGACAUCACCAAGAUGCCACUGCUUAAGGCGAUAGUCAAGGAGACUCUCAGGCUUUAUCCUGUGGUCCCCACCAAUGCACGAAUUAUCGCAGAGAAGGAGGUUGUCAUUCAAGGAUACAAGUUCCCAAAGGAUACCCUCUUUGUCCUGGCCCACUAUGCCAUCUCCCAUGAUGAGGCCAACUUUCCAGAGCCAGACUGCUUCCUGCCACGCCGCUGGCUGCGGGACCAGAGAGAGAUGCCUCAUCACCCCUUCAGUUCCAUUCCCUUUGGUUAUGGAGUACGUGCCUGUGUGGGGCGUCGCAUUGCUGAACUUGAAAUGCAUCUGGCUCUUGCCAGGAUUAUCCAGAAGUUCUUGAUCAGACCAGACCCACAGUGCACUGAAGUGAAGCCUCUUGCCCGUAUUGUGCUGGUGCCAGACAAGCCCAUUAACCUGGAUUUCCUUGACCGACAGACAAUGCCUUAAAGAGAUCAUGCUUUAUUCAGCCUGAGAGUCUGCAGAGAUUUGGAGAAUCAGCUCUGGGAUUGCAUUGUGUCCUGGCUGGUCUACUGGCACCAUGCUUGAGGCACUCCACCCUUCAGGCAGGAUUCAGUCUAAAGGGUGUCCCUACAACCCAUACAAGUGGAUUUUCUAUACACAGUUCACCAAAAACAUUUCUAUACACAGUUCACUGUUCGCAGCCUUGCAGGCUUCUACCAGGAGUACACCCAUAUGGUUGAUUUCCAGCUUCCCACUUCCCCAUUCCUGAGCUUCCAAUAAUCAGUCAAGAUUAGAAGUAUAGUAACUUGCUUCAGUGAAUUAAAACCCUUAUUUUGAUGGGAGAAGGCCUUCAUGCAUUCAGUUCUACACGCCUCCUCCUUUCAGAGAUGUGUAUACCUGAUGCAUGACUGCUGUUGUUGCCACAUCAUUCCUCACAUGUUGGAAAAUGAUGUAAUCCUCCUUUAAAUGAUACUAAUCUAAUUACUCCAACUGGGGAGUAACUUGAGCAGAGACUGGGACUGUGCCAUGAAACUCCAUCUCAAACAGUGGGAGAAUAACUCCUUCCCUGGAUUUUGUGCACUGAGCACAAACUUCUCAAGGGAAGAAACCUUCACACAUACAGCUAAGGUUUUCUCCUUGUAUACAUUCAUGCUCCAUAUAUUAGUGCCACCUCAUACAUCAUGCAGUAUCUUUGAAGACUACCAGUGAUCCCUGGAGAAAUUGGGAAAUCACUGUUUUAGAGGAUGCUCAAAUAGGGCUGUGUUUCUUAUCCGUUGCUUCAUUAAUGCAGUUACAGUACUUGGUGCAUUUGUUUUAACAAAAAAUAAAUAAGUAAAUAGAAAGGAA